AUGCCACGAUUUCCCCUGUGCCGCCGACAGACAGGCGAUGAAGGGGACGAGGAGCUGACCGACGAGGAUCGAUUACAUCCCUCGAUCAAGCCGAAGACGGAUUCCCAUGCUGCCUAUCAACUCCGUAACUGGGCUGCUUACGUGGCCGAAGAUAUCCGGCGAGACAAGGUUACAAGCUUUGCGGUCGGGCUAUUGAAUCGCAAAGCUGAUGCCAAAGUGCGGAUGUCUUUCUACCUCAGCAACAGCGCCAAAGGACAGAAACUCUGCAAUGAGUUCGAUUCCACAAUGAAUCUCUUUCGCGAUAUUGCGAAUAAUUUCUUUUUCAACCUCCGCCACAUCGCGGAUGAAGUGGCCGGAAUGGACGAGACAAAAUGGAACCUUUCGUACUACGCCACAGUCCGAGCGAGAGUGGACAAAGCGUUCGAUCAUUUUAACAAGAGUGUCUCAAGUGAACUGGACAAAUAUGCAGAUUCGGGUAAGAGCCAAUUGCUCAACACUCUGCUGGCUUUGGAGGCAGAAAACACGGGCAUGAGGAGCGACGCCACGCCCAAAGCAAGCCUGCCUUCAAGCCGGUUAAAGGGCUCAGCGCUACCAGCAGAAUGCCCAAUUCCUUGUAUAUUGAAACGUGUUGCCUGGCCAAUCGACUUUCUUGCUGAGUGGGAAGCCAAGCUUCAAAGCCAACGAGAUGCCCGGGACCAGUUGGAGGAUGUCUUCGAGAAUACUACGCAGAUAAUCCGGCCGCGGUCUGAGUGGUGA